CCAGGGCCAUCAGCUGCCUCCAGAAGCCCACGUUGGGCCGCACGAAGGGCCGCCGUUCCAGGAGGCGCCGGUGCGACUGACUGAGGCUGAGGCCUUCACACCUGUGGCAGGAAGCAGAACCAGCUCAGAGAGUCCACAGCGGAGUGGGGGGUUCUCACCUCAUCAGGUGGGCCAUGACCACGGCGGCAGAGCGACUCCUGCCGGCGCUGCAGUGCACCAGCGUGGACCCGCUGCCGUUCUGAAGAAUCUCGUCCGACACCAGCUGGAAGUACCGGUCCAGUGGGGCGUGCGGCCGGUCCGGCACGGGCACGUGCAGCACCCGCAGCCCGUCCAGCGGCGGGUAGCGCAGGUCCUCCCGCCCGCUGCAGUUGACGAUGAGCGUCACCCGGCGGCUGCGCAGCACGCUGCAGUUCAGGGCCGCGUCCAGGUCCGACAGGUAGAGGCCGGAGCCGAUCUGGGACACGGACAUGACCGCGGGACUGGCGCCCCCUGGCGCUCCUCCUGCAGACAAGCACGGGACGUCACGUGACCCUCCUCGGAAACAGAACCGAAAGCUGAGCCGGUGUCGGACGGGCGUCCACAUGGCGAGCCCGACCCCCCAGCUGGUCCGGUACCACCCCUCCAUCCUGAUGCCGGACCGUCCGAGGUCGUCCUCUUGUCCCGGUCCAGGCGGGAUGAACCCGACCCCGCCGCGGAUGCUGCCCGAGGUCCGGUACCACCCCUCCAUCCUGAUGCCAGGUCCAGCAGCCGAGGCCAGUCGCGAGCGCCAGGCGGUACCAGCGCAACACCGACCCCGCCGCAGCUCUGACCCGGUGCGCUCAGAGGUCGGAACCACCUGCUCGUCUUCACUUGGCUGCGCCUCCGACUCUGGAGACCUUGACGGUCUGAACACUUGGCCCAGUUCUUCGCCAGAUCCGGGCCUGGCGCCGCUUCUGCUGGGUCCAAAGAUGGACCGGCGCGAGGCGGAGCGCGUGGAGCUUCUGACCCGCGGCCAGAGAAGCAACCCAGCCUGGUUUUCCUGGCGGAGGAACCGGAUCACGGCAUCAGUCGCUCACAGCAUCGCUCACUGCGGCUUCGUCAAGGGGAGCCGCGAGGCGCCGCCCGCCAGCUACCUGGCCGCCGUCACAGGCGAGGGGCAGAGCAGAGUGACCCGUGCCUUGAUGUGGGGGAUGGAGCGGGAGGGCGAGGCCAUCCGGAGCUACCAGGAGUCGCGACCCGCCGUCUCGGUGCAGGCCUGCGGCUUGUUCGUGGACUGGCGCCGGCCCUGGCUGGCCGCCAGCCCCGACGGCAUCGUGACGGACCGGCAGACCGGGGUCCGGCUGCGCUGCCUGGAGGUCAAGUGUCCCUUCAAGCACCGGCACCGGCGGCUGGAGGACGCCUGCCGGGACCCGGGCUUCUGCCUGGAGCCCACCUCUGACCUUUCCUUCCGCCUGAAGAGGUCGCACGGCUACUUCACCCAGGUCCAGUGUCAGAUGGCUGUCACCGGGUUGCUCAGCGCCGACUUUGUGGUCUACACCAUGCAGGAGUUGGCGGUGGUCCCGGUGACCUUUGACCCCGACUUCUGGGCGAAGACGCUGCCCCUGCUGGAGAAGUUUUACCGGCAGGCAGUGGUGCCUCACCUGAGGAGGGGGGCGCUGCAGAGGGCGAGAGAGGUCACAUGACUCUGGGCCUCUGGCCUGUCCUCAUCCUUGUGAGGACCGUCAGUUUGAGGGUGAAGACUGGGGGAGGCCGGGGAAAGGGUGCGAGCGGUCCUCAUGUGGACGUGUGUGUGUACUCUGUGAAUAAAGUCCAUUCAUGCUCACGCUCCAGUGUCCACUCGGAGGCUGGUGGCAUGACCUGUCACGUGACACUCCACCUGGUCCGCGCGGCGCCUCAGCGCGUGAGCCAGUCACGAGUCGCAGGUGCUAGCGUGUUUAUUAGUCAGUGAAAGUUUGGGCGCAGGCUCCGCCCCCUCACAGGUAGCCCUCCUUCCUGAACUGCUCCUGCAGGAUGUCGCGGUACUCGUCGAAGCCGCCGUCGAUGCGCCGCACUCGGCCUCCCUCACACACCCACAGCUCCUUACACACCAUCCGGAUCAGACGCUCGUCGUGUGACACCAGCAUGACUCCACCCUGGAACAGGUGACAGCUCAGUCCCCGCCCCCUCGCCGCCACACACUCCAGCCCUCGCAACAACUCACUCGGAACUUGUUGAGCGCUUUCGCCAGCGCCUCGAUGGUCUCCAUGUCCAGGUGGUUGGUGGGUUCAUCCAGGAUGUAGAAGUUGGGACUGAAGGUCAGAGGGCACAGUCGCCGUCAUCACCAUCAUCAUCAUCAUCAUCAUCAUCAUUAUCGUCACCAUCAUCUUCAUCAUCUUCACCAUCAUCACCACAGCGCCCUCCCUCACCUGGUCAUGGUCAUCUGGGCGAAGGCCACCCUGCUCUUCUGGCCUCCAGACAAACUGGCCACGGGCCUGGUGGCGAGCUCGCCUGUGAUGCCGUAGCCGCCCAGCUGGUGGCGAUACUCCUCCUCCGUUCUCCCUGAGAGAGGCGGCGGGUCAGUCCGGUCACAUGACCCCGGCGGCGAGGCUCAUAGCUACCAGGAAACUUGUUGAGCAGCAGCUCCACCGAGCAGACGUUGAGGUCCAGCUGGUCCACGUGGUGCUGGCUGAAGUAGCCGAUCUUCAGGUUCCUGCGGGGACACCGACGGGAAGUGAGGGCUCGGCCCCGCCCAGACCCCGCCGGCGCUCUCACCUGUGCGCCUGUCGGACUCCGCUGACCGGCGUCAGCUCGCCCAUCAGCAGUUUGAGG